CUGGCGUAGGCCACACGCGCUAUCGGCUACGAGUGCUACGAAAGUGCUACGAGUUACGAAACUUGCGUACGAUGACGCGAAAACAGUGAACUUUGAAGAGCGUUGCGAUGUGACUAUGAUGUUUUUGAGGAAACUUUUGUUCUAUGUACAUUUUGGACUCGUCUUCCAUGUAGUGAUUUGUUUUAAAGAUACUGUCGAUGUUCCUCGUUUUGAAGAUAGCCUAAACAACUUGACUGUGUCAUUGGGGAGAGAGGCGGUAUUCACUUGCGUCGUCAAUGACCUCGGAUCUUACAGAGUGGCGUGGCUACGCGUGGACACGCAGACGAUCCUGACCAUCGCCACACACGUGAUCACCAAGAAUCAUCGCAUAUCAGUGACGCACAGCGACCGACGCGUCUGGUUUCUCCACAUCCACGACGUGCGGCAGUCAGACAGGGGCUGGUACAUGUGUCAACUCAACACAGACCCUAUGAAAAGCCAAACGGCUUAUCUGGACGUCGUAGUGCCGCCAGACAUCCUGGACUACCCAACGAGCAGCGACCAAGUCGCCAGGGAAGGUGCCAAUGUAACCCUGCGCUGCGCCGCGCACGGGGUGCCCACGCCCGCCGUAGUGUGGCGCAAGGAGGCCGGCGACCUGCUGCCCACCACUAACUUUAGUGAUACUCAUAAUUCGUCAGUGAAUGGCGCAGUGGUACACCUGGUGAAGGUGUCCAGACUGCACAUGGGGGCUUACCUCUGCAUCGCCAGCAAUGGUGUCCCUCCAUCAGUCAGCAAGCGAGUCAUGCUCGUUGUACAUUUUCCACCUAUUAUGACAAUACAGAAUCAACUAGUGGGAGCGAAAGAGGGCGAAAGUGUUCAUCUAGACUGCCAUUCUGAAGCGUUCCCUAGAUCCAUCAACUAUUGGACGAUAAACGAUCAAAUCAUAUCACAAUCGGACAAAAGGUUCGAGAUCACAUCUGUGGAGCGAGGCUACGAGGUCGAUAUGAAGCUCAAGAUUAGGAAGGUUGGAAGGUCGACCUUUGGGACCUACAGUUGCAUAUCAAAAAACUCCCUCGGAGAUACAGAUGGCACCAUCAAAUUAUAUUCUCUGUCCGGGAAAUUCGAGGAGAUGCAGUACAAUGACAUAGGCGAUUUCGACGAACCUCCAGACGUUAGCGAAUUAGAAGCACUGAAACGAAGCAAUGGAGUUAAAACAGCGGUUUUGUUACCGCUCCUUUUACUGCCUCUCCCCACAUUAUAAUGCUUCUGUGUAUAUAAAAAUAUAUUGUUACAAUUAUCUUUU